AUGGCGCGCAAGCCUGUUCACCGGCCACUUCCCCCUCCGCCGGCGAAGCCCGCUUUAUCCGCCAUGGGCCGCCGGCCUCAGAUGAUGGCAAAGGAGCCAGCGAAGCGGCGAGCAUCUCUAGCGGAGGUGGCCGGUGCCACGACGGCGGGGUUCGCAGCGCUCUGUUGCUGUUGCCCAUGCGGCCUGGUGCACCUUCUCAUCGUGGUGGUGCUGAAGCUGCCUUUGGGUCUCGUGCGGCGGGCGCUACGGCUGAGGAGGAAUCGCUGGGCGGCGAGCACGAAGCCCAAAACCGGCCUUUGGAGGACGGAAGCCGGCGUCUUUCGCGGCGACGACGAUUUCAGUCUCUACCAUGGGGUCCUUCUGGCAAGGUCCAGCUUCAAUGAGACGUAUCCGGCGGAGUCGCCAUCGCCGGAGUUAGCGGAGCUGGAGAGGGAGAUGUUGGCGAAGUUCCACGCCGCCGGCUUUUGGCGGAGCCUUUCGCAAAGAUAA